AUGGCCACCGCCACCACCUCCCCGCUCUUCUCCCUCUCCUCCCUCUGCGCCUCCCUCCCUUCCCCCACCCGGAUCCCCACGUCUCUCUCGCUCCGUGCCCUCUCCCCACGUGCCCGUCUCUCUGUCUCCCUCCCUUUCGUCUCCCCACUCGGCGGUUACGGGACCUGGGCGGCGACUUCAACAUCGUCCGCCGGAAGGUUGAGACGGCGGGGGCUGGAGGUGGUGUGCGAGGCCACGACAGGGCGGCGGCCGGACUCGGUCAAGAAGAGGGAGCGCCAGAACGACAAGCACCGCAUCCGCAAUCACGCGCGCAAGGCCGAGAUGCGCACCAGGAUGAAAAAGGUCUUAAGAGCUCUUGAAAAGCUUAGGAAGAAACCUGAUGCCCAGCCUGAAGAAAUAAUUGAAAUAGAGAAACUGAUCUCUGAGGCAUACAAAGCCAUCGACAAGACAGUGAAGGUUGGUGCCAUGCAUAGGAACACCGGGAACCAUCGUAAGUCUCGACUGGCGAGGAGGAAGAAGGCCAUCGAGAUACUCCGUGGUUGGUAUGUUCCAAAUGCUGAACCUGUCGCUGCCACCUAG